UCUGAAAUAUUCCUCAACGUAUGAACAAGUUGAGAUGAAAGGAAGGAAGUGAGACGAAACAAUACGAAGAGAAACAAUCGGAACGAUAUUGCUAGAUAAACAAGGUAUAAGAAAAGAACAAUAGGAAUACAAAAAGAAUAACAAAAAAAUGAAGUAAGAGGAAGAAAAAAGGAAACGAAGCAAGAGGAUAAACAAGACACAUAAAACGAGACACAGGACAACAAUAAAUGAAACACGGCAGAAACACCAGGAUGAGAAGCGGGUUUUUUGUGCUGCUGUGGGUGAGAAUCGCGGCAAGUCUUCGUUAUGACUUCAACAACUUCACUGACGUAUCUAGCGGAGAAUUCAAGGUCAUGGCUUACUCCAGUGUGCCGGCAGUCUACAACAUCCCUCCUCCCCCGGGUGGCGUUGACAGUGGAGGUGCCUUUCUUUUUGACAGUUCCGGGUACCACUGCAUGGAAAUAGUGACAAAGAAGGUGCCGUCCCUCACUGUCUACAUUUCCUUCUGGUGUGACAAUAACGACCCGGAGUUGACUUUUUAUUCGUGUAAGAUCGGAGAGACGGAACUUUUUCUGUGUGAAGGCAAAGCUGGAAAAUGGACCGAGACCCGUUUGUUCCAUAUGUGUUCCACCUGGACCUCGACCAGCAAAAUUAAGCUCUGCGGAAACGGAUUGAAGGCUCAUGCUUCGGUCGGCUAUGAAUAUGUGGAAUUUUACCCUGGAGAAUAUGACAAGACUACCAGCAUACCCACGACUGCAACACCUACGACUAGCACUACUACACUUACUACUACUACAGAAAUUACGACUACAGAACUUACGACUACAGACCCCACGAGCACCACUACUACCCCCACGACUACAGAGCCCACGACCACCACUACUACCCCCACGACUACUGAACCCACGACCAUCACUACUACACCCACGACUACAGAACCCACGACCACCACCACUACUACACCCACGAUUACAGAACCCACGACCACCACUACUACACCCACGACUACAGAACCCACAACUACCACUACUGAACCCACGACCACCACUACUACACCCACGAUUACAAAACCCACGACCACCACUACUACACUCACGACUACUGAACCCACGACCACCACUACUACACCCACGACUACAGAGCCCACGACCACCACUACUGAACCCACGACCUUCACUACUACAUCCACGACUACAGAGCCCACAACCACCACUACUACACCCGCGACUAGAGAACCCACGACCACCACUACUACACCCACGACUAGAAAACCCAUGACCACUACAACUGAUAGAAGUCGUGCCCCACACCUCGACAUCCACCAUGAGAGAACACCUCCACCCGUCUGUACAUCAGCCCGCCAACACGGAAGACCUAAUCCCCAGACCCGUGUUGCGUCCAUCCAGGUCACGACAGGAAGAAAGAAUCAGUCAUAA